CGAGGAUGAGCUCAUUUUCCCGGAGUGGUUGAACGAGGCGUUUUUCGAAAACAUUUUGAAAAACGUCGAAACUGAAGACACAAAGCUCACGCAUUUAGAGAUGACACCGGGAACACAAUUGGGUCCCGCCAUCCUGAUUUGGAUGAAGUGAGACUACUUUGCUUAAACUGGCAAAAUUGCAUGCGGUCAGUUACAAAUUGAGCAAAGAGGAGGGAGACAAUCUCAUAACCUCCCUAGACAAGGGUUCAAUGAACACUACUGACCCCAACACCUUUCCAUUCAUUAAGAAUGGAAUUAAAUUGUUCAAAGAAGUUCUAAGCGUACACGAUGACUUGAAACAAUUUGUGCCACAUAUUGAGUCAGUCGAAUAUUUACUAUUGGCAAAAACCAUCGACAUGUUUAACGAAGCCAGCAGUGGUAAACGAAAUGGAAUUUUCGUGCUCAAUCAUGGUGACUUUCAUUUGAAAAACAUAAUGAUCCAAAGGAAUGAUGGCAGGCUGACAGAUGUUAUGUUGCUUGAUUAUCAGAUCAGCAUAUUUGGGUCGCCUGCGAUUGAUCUUCACUAUGCGUUCGCAAUGAUGUUUAGCCCCGAAAUCCGACGUAACCAUUAUGAUGAGCUCCUCUAUUUCUAUAUCACGAAUUUUCAGGACACGCUGCGCAAAACGGAAUACAAAGGCCACAUACCGGGAAAUUUUGAAAUUCGUCAGGAAUUAACAAAGCAUAGAUUUUGGGGGCUUUUUAUAUUCCUUUGCUUCCUAAUAUUCAACUAUACAUUUAUCGAUGAGGAUGGGAACCUUGCAGAGGUGAUCGAAAAUCCACAGGCACAAAAAAAAGAAUUGGAAAACCCGAAAUUCCUGAAUGAAUUACGAGAACUAUUGCCAAAAUUUUUACAUAAUGGUUAUUUUGAAAUAUAAUAACUGUUAAAAUAUCAACUAAAUUAAAAAACGGAUAUUGGCUACCAUGGCGAUAUUUGUAAUUAUAUUUGUUUUCGCAUUUUUUAACGAUAAUGUGCCUGGGCUGCUAGAUAUCCGCAAAUAUGGCACAAAGCAACUCAAGCUGUUUUCAGCGUAACAAGAGUACCUUUUUUUAUUAUUGUCCGGUUAUAUUAGUAAUUAUUUUUAUAUUUUUAGUUUAAUGUACUAGAAAAGUGUGCUGUAUCUCUUUAAGCCAUGUUUGUUACACUGUGGAAAAUUUUUGGGAUUAUUGUCUGGGGGGUGAGAAAUUCCAAGUCAGGGUGAU